ACAAGCGUUCGUGUGCGUGUGCGCGGCGGUGGUUGGCGACUCUGAACUUACUGGUGCCUUCCAGCGCUGCAGCUUCCUCUCUCUAAACCAGCCAGCUUUUUGUUCUGACAGAAGACGGCCACCCCUAUCUCAGACUAGAGCGGUGUGUUAGCGGCGGGCGGGGAAGAAAGAUGUCGGUCAUCCACUUCAAGUUCAAGAACAGACCGGACUACGAGAAGGUGGCCAUCAGCGGCCUGGAGGUAUCGGGCAAGGAGCUGAAAGAGGCCAUCAUGAAGAAGAAAAAGAUCGGCCAUUCGAACCUGGAGAUCAGGGAUGCCCAGACAAAGAAGGUCUACUCUGAUACUGACAUGAUCAAGAGGAAUGCGUCGGUGGUUGUAAUGAGGAGCGUUAUCCCAAAUGCUGCAAAACUCCCAAAGACCCAGUAAGCACAAGGAUCCAUCCUUAUUACCCUCUGCAGUAUGUGGAAGUAGUGUUAGUCCUGUUCUUUCUCGUGUUAUCGUAUAUACCUCCUUACAUCCUGUAUGUUAUCUGUAUACUAGCUCUGUAUGUCACUGGACACUGUUUGUACAUGUAGUAGUGAUGUUCACCCUAUUGUGUAUGCCAUGCCAAAUAAAGCUCUUUUUGAAAGAGGGCGGGUGGGUGGGAGGGUAAAUUGUAUGUGUCAGAACAGUAUUUCAUGGGGUGAGAAAGAACAAGUUCCCGAGAGAAAGUUGUUUUGGCUGAGGGAUCUAUCGUUCUGUGACUAUUUCUGGAGACGUGGGGGCUGUGGAUGAUCAGAACCUGCUCGACUACAGCAACAAUAGAAAGAAGAGCUGAAAUCAUUCGUACAUGUAUACCGUCUCCUCCACAAGAUCAAUCCUGCAGUGUGAAAAUGAGGCGUACCAGUAGGCGUAUUUGCGAAAGAUGUCUGCAGCGAGCAACAAAGAAGCGUUGAAUUGUCGAAAUUCGAGAACUUUUUGGAACGUUUUCACUGACUCAUCUUAUCAUCAAACAGUUUUGGACUUUGAGAAAUGGACAAAACUUUCAUCAGAACUAUGACCUCUUUCUCACUUCUUUUGUCAUUUUCUGUUGUCGUAUUGUGAAGAUCUCUGGUAUUCAGAGCUUUUUCAUCCAGCGUUCUAACCGUGAUAGUCUGUGUGUGUUUCUCCCUGCCCUGGUGAGAUCUCUCUGAAUCCCACUCACAGCUGUGUGAGUGCCGGAGACAGGAGUGUACAUACAUACACGUUAGUUGUAGAGUAGUUAGUAAUGGCAGCUCCACUUCCCUGCUGCCAUGUGUGUGUGUGUGUCCCUCUCCCUCCUCCAUGCCCCAUCUCCUCCUCCCCCUCCGAAGGGCCUGGACCCACAGACCUUCUCCAGCGAGGCUAGCGACCCACAGAAGACAUCAGACCUAACGACACUGACAAAUGAAGAGGACAGACUGGAAGCUAUGAUGAAACAAGCUGGCGAAGGCUACACAGCUGCUGACUAUGCGAGGUAUCCAGUAAAGGCAGGAAUCCACCCGGGAUUCUUUCGAGGGCCUCCUCCCAGAGGAUACGUCUGCAAUCGCUGCCGCAAACCAGGACACUGGAUACAGCUCUGUCCCACCAAUGGAGACCCGGCAUAUGACAAGCGAAACAAGCAAGAACUGCUUCAAAAGACAAGUACUGUGGGAGGUUCGAAGGCCAAACACGCAGCUCCUCCACCGAAGGAAAAGGAGGUCCCAGAGGAACUGAAGUGUCCAAUCUGCAAGGUCCCCAUGAGAGAUGCCGUCGUCAUUCCCUGCUGCAACAAGAGCUUCUGUGAUGAGUGUAUUCGAGAGCACCUGCUGGAGAAGGACUUCACCUGCCCUCUCUGUGAGGCCGAGGACGUGUCCCCCGACUCACUCAAACCUAACAAACAACUGAGAGAGUUGGUGAAACAGUUCAAGAGCCAGGUGGCCGAAGAGAAAGGAAUCGCGGUUGCGUCUCUCUUCUCUCGCUCCGGUCUGACACCUCACCAGCUGUCUGCCUCGCACAUCUCAAAACCUCCGCUCACUGCCUCAGCAGCUCUUCUGGAGAGACUCUCUGCUGCUAGAGCCUCUCUCCCUCCAACCUCCUCCUCCUCUUCUUCCUCUGCCUCAUCUUCAGUGUCCACUGUUGCUGCUGACAAGUCUAGUGUCUCCACUUAUUCUGCUACCACUGAGAAUUCACCACCAGCUGGGACCUCAUCCUCAGCCCCAGCUCCUUCAGUGAAAGAGACAGGCACAGAGGACAAAGGUCAGACGGACCAUUCUCCGGACAAAGACAAGACGAAAGUGGAAGGGGCGUCUUCCAGUGACAAGACGACUUCUGAUGGUGCCUCACUCACUGUCCCUGAGCCUGUCAGGGGAAGAAGUCCAUCCUCCUCACCUUCUCGGAGUAAAUCCCCCAGUCCACUGGAUGUCAGGAGGCCCACACAGCCGAUCGUCCCUGUGCGGAAACCACCACCGCCACGCCACCCAAAACACCCUCUCUCCCUCCUCCAGCCUCGUCUGCCGAUAAUGACAGGGUUGCCCCCUCCUGGCCUCCUCCAGCUCCCCCACCUUCACAAUCAGGUGGCAGCCGGUUUCCCUGGAAACCCCAGCAUCCUGAACUCUGUACCCGGUCUGGGCGUGGUCCAGACUGCCCCGCCCACUGUUGUCAAGGACUACCGGGCAGAGGCGGAGUUUCUGCUGAAUCAGAAGCGGCCACGCCCGGCCUCACCUUCGCCUCUCACUGCUGAGGAGUUCUAUCGUCAACAAAAGUUUCUCCACCAGUUCAUUGGGCACAGGUCUCCGGCUCAUUCAACAGGUCAGGAAUCUGCAUACUCCCGUUCCAGUGGCUCUGAAUCCGACGUGUCCGAUUCCUAUUCCUCGUCUGGGAGUGGGUCUGAAUCUGACGAGUCAGCAAUCUCCCGUAGCCCCUCCCCCCAGAAACGACAUCGCGUGGGCUCGAUGCACCGCCACAAAAAUAAACAGGGAAAAGAAUCGCUUGCACUCUCGAAGGAGAAAGCCAGGGAGAAAGAGAAGGAGAGAGGACGGCACAAGAAGAGGAGGAGAGAAGUGGCGGAGGAUGAUUUGGAUCACCGGGCACCCAAGAACAAGAGACAUCGUCGCCACAAGAAGGCCGGGAAAUCCGGAGACGUGAGCUCAGAUCUGCUUCAUUUCUCGUCGGAUGCAGCUGCCAAUUCUGACACGGCGCAGCGGCGACAUCGACAUCAUCGGCACCAUCGGAGGAAGAAGGGGCGGAGACACCGGCAUCGCCACGACAGAGAUGAGGGAGGAGAGGGAGGGAGGGGCUCCGAUCUUGAGGCUGAAGAAAACCAGGUGGAUGGGGGUGAAAAUCCAGAGGAUGAUUUGCCAGAGAGCGAACGAGGAGGUGGGAAUGAGGUGGAAGGUAGAUCAGUUCCAAUCUCGGGAGACGGGGAGGGUUCCCCUGCUGUUACAGUCAGUAAUGAGACAGAGGGUUUGGUUGGGGAGGAGCAGGUGAAAGGAAAUAGUGGCGGUGGUACAGUGGGUGAGCCUACUGAACCAGAGACAUUGGCUGGGAAAGUUACUGAGGAAGAGUCUAGUGUGGAAGUGGGGGUUCUGGAGACUGGUGUAAAGAUUGGCGUAAAGAUUGAUACCAAGUCACUGGCAGGGGGUGUGGCUGAGAGGCGUGGGAGCUGCGACCGGCUCCUGGACGAUAUCGAUGAGCUCCUUGCCGACGAGAAGACUCCAACACUCGAGGAAGGCUUCACUCUUAUUCCUACAGCAGCUAAGGAGGCUUUGGGAGAGCGAGGAGAGGGGGAGGAGAGAGGGAGAGGAGGAGAGAAGAGGGAGGAGGCGAGUGUGCCUGGAAUGGAGGUAGAAACGCCAGUAGAUGGGCCCAGCGAUACGAAGGAGAGAGAGGGUUCGCAGGGAGUGGGACACGGCAGAAGUUGAAGAAGAGAAUGUUUCACUCCACACCGAGGAGACCAUUGAUGCCGACACAGCUGACAUGGACGAUGACAGAGAAGGCUCCACUGGCAACGGCCUGGAGGAAGGAGAGGUGUUGAGUGAUUCUGAGCAGCCCGCCAGUGUCCUCCUCAGUCAAAGUGUUGCCCACCACCAGAAACCCAGACUGAGAAGUGUCGCAAGCACAGUUCAGGCUGUGAACUCUGAAACACCAGACACGACUCCGUCCCCCAGUGAUGUAGCAUCGAUCGAAGUUGACACGCCUUCCAAUACUUCUCCCGUUCCUCCUCCCCUUCCUCCUCCAUCAUCAUCUUCUUCUUCCCUGCCAGCAGAGAAGAUACGACUUGUGAAACACAAGCACCACCACCAUCACCGACAUCGCGACAGAGAAAACAACGAUCACGAAGGACCGAGACCAAAGAAGAAGAGACGGACGAAAGACAAGCCUGAAAAAGAGGUGUUGUCCUUGGCAGGGCACCAUAGGCACAAGCAGAGGAAGAGGGAGAAGGAGAAGGAGAGGAAGAGGCACAAGCACAAGCACCAGAAAAAGAAACACAGGCAGUCAUCUUCAUGAAAACAUUGUCUUCCCCCGUGACGUAACGUGAUUGUACAGCCAAAUUCAUUGCUAAAGCUCGUCCCUAAGGACGCUGCACAAUUUCAUGUUGUGUAUUAUUACAAGUUCCUUCAAUUGGACGUUGCUUGAUGCAUGCGCUAAUUAUUGCAACGUUUAAUGCAUUUUCAGUGGCUUCAAAACAAUGACACCCUAACAUCCAGUCUCCUAGGAAAUUUCCGCUGUCAAUCCAACUCCAUAUCUUUCAUCUUGUGGCGGAGGAUUCGUGGGUUCCACUUCAAAAUCCCACUGUUGCUGGUUCCCCUCAGUUGUCGAAUUUUGUGGCGGUGGCCCCUCAGAUCUGGCCCCUGCUGAUGUCUGCUGGGGUGUGCUGUUGGUAGAGCUGCUGCUGUUGGGGGGUAAUUAUUGGGCCCCCUUGUCCCCCAAUUCCCCCUCC